CUCUCCAACUACAAACACCGCGUCGGCGCGUAGCCUAAAAUUGGGCAAUCCAACUACAAAAGUACAAAAUCCAAAGUCUCCGCAAUUCCCUGAAAAGUCCGUCGACGUUUCAGCUGUUUUACUUGGACCUUAAGAUUCACACAAAUUCUCCUUCUCACUUCCCUCUUUCUCUCUCCUCUCUCGUCUUCCUCAAUCUUCAACCAUUUCAUCUCACAAUCUCAAUUUCAAUUUUCAAAAAUGUGGAUUGAGGUAAUUUGUGGUGUAAUACUCUACAAAGUACUCCGUAUGUUCUUCGGAAACGACGACGUUUUGGACAUCGAAACCUCCGAUUUCAACGCCAUUUUCUCCGUCGCAACUAGACUAGAGAAAUUGUAUGGUGGAAAGGCGUAUGUUGGUCUUCGGAUUCCUGACGCCGAUUCCGGUUCUCGUCAAAGUAUUGAUCUGGUUCUUGUCACUAAACGGGAGGCAGUGGUGAUUUGUGUCAAGAAUUUGGCAGGGUUUGUUUCUGUUAACGCCGAUGGAAGUUGGCUUUGUAUAAGUGAGCACAAACAUAAGGAAGAGCAUCAUCCCAAUCCUGUAGCAGAAGCUAAACAGCAGGCCUCUAUUCUAGAAGCAUAUCUUGAACAAAGAGGAGUUUCUCUUCCUGAAGGAUAUCUUUCCUCCAAAGUCAUCAUUUCCAACCCAAAGUUCCGAACAUUAAAUCCAGACCACUUCCCACCAGAAGUCAUACAGUAUGAAAAUUGGGUAAACUUGAAACCAGAAUCAAAAGGCGUGCUUUCUGGAUGGUUUAAAGGGGCAUUUCGUGCUGGAAAGAAAGAUAUACAGGAAUCUACACAUCAGCAACUUCAAUCUAUUCUUAGCACUGCUCCAAUGUGGGAUAGGCUGGAGCUCAAAGCCAGCAAAUAUGUGUUAGGAGAAUUUCUGGAGUUCAAAGGCAAGAAUGAAGAUAUUCAAGAGUUACAAUACAUCAAGAGGUCAAAAGUUGGCCAGAUGAUUGUACAGAAAACAUCAAUGUUUGGCUUUGCUCCAACAAGGCUUCAAGUUUUGUACUGCUUUCGCGAUUAUCGAACUGAAGCCUCUUCAUCUUCUGAGUGGAAGGAGGUGACUGUCAGGUCAAGUACUGAAGUUGUAUUUCAGCCCCAGAAUGCCAAGAAAGUCAGGAAGUUCAAGUUAUCCGCUAUUACUUCUCUGACACUUAGUGCCUAAGGACAGUACAUUGCUCUCAAUUAGAGGUAACUUGACUACUUGAGAGGAAUCUAGGUUUGUCUUAACUGUAAUAUCCUAUGCCAAUGACUCUUAUCAUUGUAUGAUAUGAAUAUUGAAUGUUGAAUUUCAAUUGGUAUACUUUAGAUCUUUCGAGCAAUAAUAUAACCAGAUGAAUUGCCCGAUGUACUUAAUCACGGAAAAAGGCCGCGACAAUCAACGUAAUAAUAUACUCCGUACUUCCUUUAU